GAUGGAGUUCAGGGUUGGCAAGGACAUCCUGUUCCUGAGUUUGGUCUUCACCACACUCAUCUGGCUGAACACUCUCUCAACUUCAGCAUUUGAGUGUGGCAAAGACAACACAGCCACAGCAGCCAUGGCGAGUUCCUGGAAUGGAUUGAGACCAGCUGCGUCCCUGAACCUCCAAAUCUCACUCCAGAAGCUCAGCGUGUUCUUUUUCUCAGUCCAGACACUGAGGUGGAUGGUACGCCAUUGCUGGACAAUCUUGUCUAUUGCUUCAGGCAGUCUCAUCCUCAGCUCAUUGGUGAGGGAGAUAGUGAAGGCGACACACCGUUUUCUGACAUUCUGCUCAUCGUCAGGCGCAAGGUGGAGCUCAGCUGCCUUUGAAUCAAAAAGGAAACCGAGGUAUGGAACAGGACUUAUGUAUCCAUCGAGAGGCCCUUUCAAGACAUCCACCUUUGCCAGUGGAUUCAGGACCCUGCUGCUCACAGACUUAAUGAGGCUCACCAAGCUGUCAAGUAGAUUGAGAGGAUCGACCUGCUCUCCCUCAAACGCUUUCAUGGCCAACUGUACCUCUCCCAGCACUGACUUCAGAAAGGUACUCCACACUGCGUGGGAUCGUCUCAUUCGAUGCAUGGGUGACAGCAAGCUGCAGGGAGUGACACACACAACGGAUGAGGACCAGAUCUUUAAGGCCAUACUCAUGUUUGAGCACUGCAUGGACCCCAUUAUUUAUCCCUGUCAUUACAGAGGCAUUGUCAGUCCCUAUCCCAAGGAGCUUCUCUUUAACAAGAGAGCACUUUUCUAAAAAAGCCACCACAGCACGGGCAAUAGAAUGUGCAUCUCCUCCCUCCAGCUCAACAAGCCCCAGAAAUGUAGAUACCACUGUCCCUUUAGUUUCACUAAAGUAUCUGAUGACAACACCCAGGUACUUAGACACACUGAUGUCUGUGGCCUCAUCGAGGAGGAGGCUAAAAUGCUGCUCACCCACAUCUGCCACCAACUUUUUCAAGAAGUAAGGUGCUAGGACACCAUUGAUCAUUUCAGUGCACUUAGUCCUGUGCAUUCUGAAAUGCGUAGCAGCAGCGGAGUCAGAAAAGGCUGACCUACAUGCUUCCCCAAUGUGGUCACAUGCUAGGAGGGAGCAGUGUUCAGCAAUGGCUAAUGCUAUGGUAGCCUCAGCCUUUUUGGAGCUAUCAAUUUUGCCUACCAUAAAUGGCAGCGUUGUUUGUGCUGCUAAGUUAUAAGGCUUUGCCUUUUGAAUGUGUUUUAGGGUUGUACUGUGUUUCUUCACAUCACUGAUUUUAGCAUAGAAAUCCACUUUGCAGUAAUGGCAGUAUGCUCGUCCAAUAUCUCCAAUAAAUGGCUUUAACCAUCCCUUAAAA